UUCCGAGUUCAAGGUGACGUUACAGUCGAGUGUGGAAGCGAGCUCCCGGAGGAAAAUAUUAUUUGAGGGCGUUUGUUUGGGGUAACGCUCAGUUGGAAGACUAGUUGCCUUUGUAUAAGGUCUGUCCUCACUAGAGGGGAGGUUGAAGAUUUGACAAGCCCCCAAAACAAAACAAACAAACAAACAGCCCCCAAACAGGUGCCAUGAUGGCGACAGUGCCCCUGAGGCGUUGGCACAAGGUGUGGCAUCCUCUCCGCCACGCUCGAAGUGCCACCACCAGCAGCGUCCCCGUCGGCGACAUCAAGGAAGGAGUCCCUUACAAGAAGACGAUAAAGGAUCAGGAGAGUUCGUCCGGACACAAAUCGGUCCCUUCCGAAGCCGAAGUCGUGGUCAUUGGGGGUGGAUCCUUGGGUUGUAACACAUUGUAUCACCUUGCGAGACUUGGCAUCACUAACACCGUCCUCUUGGAGACAAAUAAAUUAACAGCAGGUACGACCUGGCACACGGCAGGCCUUCUAUGGCGCCUCCGCCCGAGUGACGCCGAGAUCCACCUCAUCAAUACCACACGGGAACUACUCUUGAGGCUCGAGGACGAGACGGGGAUCAAUCCCGGAUGGAUCAACAACGGAGGAUUGUUCAUCGCCUCCAGCAAGCCUCGCCUGGACGAAUACAGGCGACUCGUGACGAUGGGCAGGACCCAAGGAAUCGAGAGUUUCAUACUGGAUCCUUCAGAUACGAAGGAACUCUAUCCUCUCAUGAACGUCGGUGACAUAACCGGUACACUGUACUGCCCUGGCGAUGGUACGCUCGAUCCUGCCGGCUUCUGCACUGCACUCACUCGCUCUGCGACGCGGGCGGGGGCCAAAGUGAUCGAAGGAUGCCCCGUGGAUGACAUCCGAUGCGUGGAGACGACUCUAGGAGGGAAGAAGGUCAGCGAAGUUCACACGCCCUAUGGCGUCAUCAAGACCAACGCCGUGGUCAAUGCCACAGGUGCCUGGGCCAACAGCAUCGCAAACAUGGUUGGCGUGGAGCUUCCGUUGGCGCCAAUGAAACACGCCUACGUCGUCACCGAGAGGAUAGAAGGGAUCGAGAAUAUGCCUAACGUUAGAGAUCACGAUUCUUCCGUCUACCUCCGGCUGCAGGGCGACGCCCUGUCCGUCGGAGGCUAUGAGAAGGAUCCGAUCCUCUUGGAUAAGCUGGACAGAGACUUCGCCUUCGGUCUGUACGAGCUCGACUGGGACGUGUUCAGCGCGCACAUCGAGGGUGCCAUGAACCGCGUACCCGUCUUGGAACAAACUGGUAUUAAAUCCACCGUCUGCGGACCCGAGUCCUUCACCCCAGAUCACAAGCCUCUCAUGGGUGAGGACCCGAACGUCCAGGGAUUCUUCCACUGCUGUGGCUUCAACAGCUCCGGAAUGAUGCUGGGCGGAGGCUGUGGAGAUCAGAUAGCCAAGUGGGUGGCCCACGGCAGACCCGAAUUUGACAUGUUCGGUUACGACAUCAGGAGAUUCCACACUCCCCUAAACUCGAACAAAGACUGGGUCAUUGGGAGAUCUCACGAGUCUUAUGCUAAGAACUACAGCAUCGUCUUUCCUCAUGACGAACCUCUGGCAGCCAGGAGGCAGAGGAUGUCCCCCUUGCACGAGAUCCUAGAGGAGCAGGGCUGCGUUUUCCAGGAACGCCACGGCUGGGAGAGACCAGGAUGGUUCAACACUCACCCAACGCCUACCCAGCCAUACGACUGGUAUGGCGCCUAUGACACGCCUCAGAACGUCGACAGGAGAUACUGGGAUGCUUUGGUCGACGAUUAUUCAUUCGACUUCCCCAAACAUCAUGCAGUGAUCGAGAAGGAAUGCUUGGGAUGCCGCAAUGCAGCAGCUGUGUUCGAUAUGUCAUAUUUCGGGAAAUUCUAUGUCACGGGACCCGACGCUCAAAAGGCAGCCGACUGGCUGUUCUCUGCCGAUGUCAGGAAAGAUGUGGGUUCCACAGUCUACACCUGCAUGCUCAACAAGAGCGGAGGCAUCGAAGCUGAUUUGACUGUCAGCGUGUGCGAAGGCGGCCAGGGAUCGCCAUGCGACCCAGCGUUCGACGGUCGAGGAUUCUACCUGGCGGCAGGAGGCGCGGCAGCUCUUCAGAACUUGGCGCACGUCCUGAAGGAACUGAGGACACACGAAUGGGAUGUCCAGCUGGUCAAUCACACUGACGAUAUGGCCAUGUUGUCCGUGCAAGGACCCAACAGCAGGGAAAUCCUCCAGAUGGUUUCUGACGCUGAUUUCAGCAACGAGGCCUUCCCAUUCUCCACACACAAAGUCAUCGAAGUUGCCGGUCACAAAGUGAGAGCGCUGAGGCUGUCCUUCGUGGGGGAAAUGGGCUGGGAACUACAUAUUCCCAAUGAAUCUGCAGUUGCUGUCUACAAAGCUUUGAUGGCGGCUGGCAAGCCGCUCGGUCUAGUCAAUGCUGGCUAUCGGGCCAUCGAUUCCUUAUCAUGUGAAAAGGGCUACAGACACUGGCACGCUGAUGUCCGACCCGACGAUACCCCUCUGGAAGGUGGGCUGGCUUUCACCUGCAAGCUGAAAACAGACGUCAAUUUCCUGGGUCGCGAGGCCAUAGAACAACAGAAGCUGCAUGGUAUCAGGAAGAAGCUUGUGACCAUCACCCUGGAUGACCCCACAAAGCCACUCUGGGGCUUGGAAGGUAUCUGGAGAGAUGGAGAGCCGGUUGGCUAUGUCAGAAGAGCAGACUUCACCUUCUUCCUAGGCCGAGCUCUCGCGUACGGUUACGUGCAAAGGCCCGACAAAGAAAAGAUAACCAACGAGUUUUUGAAGACUGGCACGUGGAAAAUUGAAUCAAGAGGAGAACUCCUGGAUGCAACCGUUCACAUUCGACCACCAUUUGACCCAAAGAACCUCAGAGUCAAAGGAUUUUACGAAGAGCCUCCAACAGAGCAGUGGGUGGCAGCUCAGUAAACUUGGUUGGAGGGAUUUUAGGUUAAUUCAGUCUAUUUAUGCUGUAGGAUGCUAAGGAGAUAUGUCGCACUUUUGGUAGACUUUUGGAAAUGCUAUCAUCCACUCUGACACAACUUUCAACCUUCGAAAACGGCGUCAGUUUUAUAGUGGAGAGUGAAGUUGUAUUUGACAAGGGUGGUGCAAAUUGUAAGCAUUUUUUGUACAGAAAUCUUUCACGCAUGCAUAUUUGCAUUCAUUAUGUACUGUUUACGUCGUCAUGUCAUAGAUUUUCCGUGACUGCUUUCCUAAUGAAUAGAAUCAAGUGUCCCACUUAAGCAGGUAUCCUGUUUAGUGGGACGUGUGAUAUGGGCGUCUAAAUUACCAUCGCUACCUUAGUACUAAAUUGUUUGAUUAAUCUAAACGUCACAUCCUCAGUUCGUCACACAGCAUUACCAUUUGUCUGGUUACUCUCCACUUUAGAAUAUUUAGUUUAUAAGCUAUUUUUACACAUUCACCUUCUCUGGUGCAAAUGACAGGUUAAUGUUGUGGGCAUCAGAGGAGAGUUUGUCUUUCCUUGGACUUCGUUUAAGCCAUAUUGGCUCAUGUUGUAUUCUGUAAGAUAAUUUGUUGAUAAGUAUAAGAGAUAAAUUUAAGAAAUAAGCUCAAGAAUUCAAUGGAGAUUUUAUACUGUGAUAUAAUAUUAUAUGAAGUACAAAAAACC